UGGCUAGACCAUAGAGAUAGUGUUAGUAGUAUAUAUCUCUAUGGGCUAAACAGAGUGUUGGUGCCUGGUUCUGCAUGUAUGCUCAUCCUCCUAGCUCAGAAAGAGAGGAAGGUCGUUAGAGAUUAACAAGGCUGUUUGCCCAGCCCCGCCCCUAUGCAUCUAGUUACGACGCCGAUUUUACAACUGAAACCGCCUUUACUUACCAGGUCCCUAUAUAUAGUGAGUCGGUCGAUGUUGUCGACCGUCUAGGGGUGUUGUUGUUGUUGUUGUUGGUAGUUGUUUUAUGGUAUUUAUUCGGUACUGAAUAUAAAAUACGCCAUAUCUUCGGUUAUACUAUUCGGUUGGACCAUCUUGGGUUUUGAUCAUGGUCCACUGAGAUGUCCACACAGUGAAUCCAUGACCAGUGCACCAUGGCAAAUUUACAGAGUGUCACUCCUGUACAUGUAUAUACGGUCAAGCUGUUCUUUUCAUCAUACGCCGUCAAUACACAGACUGUACGCUACGUAAUUUUUCUGUAACGGAAGAAGGCCGCCAUGGUUAACUUCAAAGGUUGUAAGGGCUGGCUGAUCACGGCCGUUACUUUUUGUCAUUUCUUCGCAAACUAUGGAUUCCUGUAUUCUUAUGGACAAUUCUUAGUCGUCUUUCAGGAGGAGUUUGGUAAAGGGGCAACCGUAACAGGAUGGCUUGGGACAAUACCAUUCGGUCUUACCUACCUCGCAACUCCCCUCUCCAAUGCUCUCAUAGCACGAUAUCAACACCGAUUGGUUGCUGCCAUCGGUGUCAUCUCAUGCUUCGUAUCUUUAAUUGUGACGUCAUUUAUGACUAGCCUCCUUCCGAUGUUCUUCACUUUUAGUCUGCUUUACGGGUUCGGGAUCAACUUUGUGACGGCUGCUGGACUCAAUAUCAUCUUGCAAUACUUUCCAGACAAGCAUUCAGCUAGGGCUGUGACGAUAGCCCUUAUAGGGUGCAGUACAGGUCUCUUAGCCCUGAACCCUCUCACAUACUUCCUCAUCAACUCUCUCGGAUGGAGAAACACGCUACGGAUCGCAUCAGCUGCUGUCAUGGCAACGGGUGCAGGGGCUGUCUAUACUUUCACCAAACCUCCGCGGGAACAUACUGACCUGGAGAUGAAAUAUAUCAAAAUCGAAGGAAUCCAACGCACAGAAGAAAAAGAAAAUCUCUUUGCUGAUCAAAUGAAUGGAAAUGACAUGAAGCAGAAAGAUGGACAGAAGACGGGGUUGACCUCGGAUUUGCUUCAAAGGAAGAUGAAGGAGGAGGAAGAGAGCAAAUUAAGAUUCAGUCAAGAACCUAGACCCCUGUCCGUAUUGCGCCAUCCCGAACUGUGGAUGUUGGCUUCCGCUCUUGUCGUCUGCUGUGCGGGUGUUUGCUUCUUUUAUAUGAGCUUGGUAAAUUUCUUGGUAUCGAAGAAUUUUGGUGAAACGCGAGCGAUGGUAAUGACAAUAUUGGGGGUGUCCGCGGUGAUAGGCAAAGUGGCGGUGGCACUGGUAGGAGAUCACCUUCCGUUCCCGAAGAUCUUUCUGCUGGUCAUUGCUAAUAUCAUCGGCGCUAUACUGAUGGGAUGUCUUCUAGUAGCAGAAAGUUUCAUACCCAUUGUCUCCGUUACCAUCAUUUCUGGUCUCUUGGUUAUUUCUGUGCUGGAUACCAUACCUCAUGCUGUAAGCCAUCAGCUAUUUCAUCCUAAUCAAUGUCUUGUCUCCUGGACGGUUAUCACAUCGGCCAUGGGCUCGGGUUAUGUUGUAGGUGCGCUUCUAGGUUUAAGCAUGGACCAUACUGGGUCAUACGAUAGCGCCCUCUAUGUGUGCAUGGGAUUUUUCCUAUCGGCGGCAUUGUUAUGCAGCUUUGUUCCAUUGUACCAGACGUGCUCUGCACGACGACUCGUUGCUACAGACAUGGAGAAUCAACCAGUAGAGUUAUGAUGAAAUAGUACCGUACCUGACUGACUGAGAGAGAGGGAGAGAGAGAGAGAGAGAGAGAGAGAGAGCGAGAGAGAGAGAGAGGGGGGGGGGGGGGGUGGUAAAUGCGUGAUUGUGAUUGGUUGAAAGUUAAGUUGAGUGGCUGCCAUAAAAGGAGUGUUGGAACUGAGUCACGCUUAGUAGCCAAUUAACACCAAUUACAUUUAUGUAUUUUAAUUUUGAUACAGCCAUAGUAUGGGCUAAUCUUCUAAGGACAUAUAUACAUACAUAUCAGUGUGUGACUUUUGUAUAUAUGAUACGAAUCGUUGCAAUGUAACAAAUAUAUCGACAGACUAUACGUUCCAACAAAAAGAAAGUUGUUUACCCAAAUGAUUGGGUUUUGUUUCUAAAAUCUAUUCUACCUAUUUUUAAGCAUGCUUCGUCACAAAAAAAAGGGUUAAGGGUUUAGCGGGGAAGUCAUUGAAAAGAAAAAGGGAGACGUUCAUUUUUUAUAAUGAAUCAUACUUGUGGAUACAUAGGGUGAUGAUGAUGAUGAUGAUGAUGAUGAUGAUGGUGACUUUGAUGGUGAUGAUGAUGAUGAUGCUGAUGAUGAUGAUGAUCGUGAAUUUGAUGGUGGUGGUGAUAACGAUGAUAAUAUUGAUAUAGAUAUUAAUCUGAAUAAUAAUGAGGCUAAUGCAAUAAUGAUAAUAACUCUAUAAUUUGAAUACAAGUCAUGUACAGUAUACAAUACCACUAGCCAUUGACAGUGGUAACGACAUUCCUUGUAUCGGCAGGGUAUAUUCUGAAUAUUUCUACUUAUAAACUAAAUUAUAUAAUCGUUAAGUAGAGAAUAAGGCAACCUUUGAACACUCAGGGUAGCUAGUAUCUUUCAAGUGCACUUGUAUACCGUAUAUAUUACUAUUGGCGACAUUACCAUACGAAAUCACAAAAUCGUAUAAAGUAAAGUAUAAAGCAUUUCUUCAACACACAGGGUAACUGGUAUCUUUCAAGUGUACUUUUAUACCGUAUAUAUUACUAUUGGCGACAUUACAAUACGAAAUCACAUAAUAAUUGUGAAGUAAAGUAUAAAGCAAUCCUUCAACACUCAGGGUAGCUAGUAUCUUUCAAGGGCACUUGUAUACCGUAUAUAUUACUCUUGGCGACAUUACCAUACGAAAUCACAAAAUAAUUGUAAAGUAAAGUAUAAAGCAAUCCUUCAACACACAGGGUAACUGGUAUCUUUCAAGUGCACUUGUAUACCGUAUAUAUUACUCUUGGCGACAUUACCAUACGAAAUCACAAAAUCGUAUAAAGUAAAGUAUAAAGCAAUCCUUCAACACUCAGGGUAGCUAGUAUCUUUCAAGGGCACUUGUAUACCGUAUAUAUUACUCUUGGCGACAUUACCAUACGAAAUCACAAAAUCGUAUAAAGUAAAGUAUAAAGCAAUCCUUCAACACUCAGGGUAGCUAGUAUCGUUCAAGUGCACUUGUAUACCGUAUUACUAUUGGCGACAUUACAAUACGAAAUCACAUAAUAAUCGUAAAGUAAAGUAUAAAUCAAUCCUUCAACACUCAGGGUAGCUAGUAUCUUUCAAGGGCACUUUUAUACCGUAUAUAUUACUAUUGGCGACAUUACCAUACGAAAUCACAAAAUCGUAUAAAGUAAAGUAUAAAGCAAUCCUUCAACAGUCAGGGUAGCAAGUAUCUUUCAAGUGCACUUGUAUACCGUAUAUAUUACUCUUGGCGACAUUACAAUACGAAAUCACAUAAUAAUUGUGAAGUAAAGUAUAAAGCAAUCCUUCAACACUCAGGGUAACUGGUAUCUUUCAAGUGCACUUGUAUACCGUAUAUAUUACUCUUGGCGACAUUACCAUACGAAAUCACAAAAUAAUUGUAAAGUAAAGUAUAAAGCAAUCCUUCAACACUCAGGGUAGCUAGUAUCUUUCAAGGGCACUUGUAUACCGUAUAUAUUACUCUUGGCGACAUUACAAUACGAAAUCACAAAAUAAUUGUAAAGUAAAGUAUAAAGCAAUCCUUCAACACACAGGGUAGCUAGUAUCUUUCAAGUGCACUUGUAUACCGUAUAUAUUACUCUUGGCGACAUUCUGAAUUGGAUGUUUAGAAAGAUUGUGCAUGUAUGUGUACAUCAUCAAGUGUCGUCUGCUGUGUGUUAAACAGGGUUUAAGCGCUUCUCAACAGCGAUGUGUUUUUAUACCUAAAUGUCAAUGUCCCAGAAUUGAGUGUGUGAUUCUUUAUAUUUUCUUUUCCUAAUAGCAGUAAUGUUUUUUCAUCGAUUGUUUUAUACCAUUGUAUUACUAUGAACACGUUCAUGAUUUCAAAAAUCAUUUCGAAUGCAGGGUGUGUGGUAGUGCAGUGUGAAUAUAGUUAUAUAAAUACGCAAAUCUUUGCAAUUUUUUGCAAUUUUUUUUGUUAUAUAAAAAUAUCUUUAAAAAUAUUCAAAAGUGAUAAAAUUAUGUACAUAAUAAAAUGAUGUAAACCUGGAGGUUGUAUUUUUAUAUUGCAACAAAAUACAGAUAGUAUAUCAAAUUCGACUAUCUUUAUAUAAAUAGUGAAUUACAUUUUCGUUUAGGGGAGGGGGGGGGGGGGGGGGUUGGCCAGUUUCUUAAAAAAAAGAAAGAAGGUAAUUCACUCAUUACAUAUAGAUAGUCGUAUUUGGUAUACUAUAUGUAUUUUGUUGCAAUAUAAAAAUACACCCUAUAUAUAUAUAUAUAUUAUCGUAAAAUUCUGAGAGCAUUUGAGUGAGAUACAAGCUCGGUGCAAUAAGGUUUGAGAAAAUAAUGUAAUGCCUUUUUUAAAACAAAGAAUUGCCAAUAAUUAUAUGACGUACUUGUAUUUUAAAAAAUAGUGUGCGUCAAAUUUGUCACAUGUCCGUGUGAUUCAGUGUCAAAUCACUUUCAGUGUCAAAUCACUUUCAGUGCUAUAGAAUGGUUACGUGUUGACCUUUAUAGGCUGUUGUAUUGUCAAGCUUUUCUUUCACUUUCUUCGUCGUAUUAUAUUUCGGGAAGGAAACGGGUAAGAGACGUAUAUCAAUCAAUCCUGCCUUACAAAGAAGACAGUGAGAGGGCGAUGAAAUCCCUUUUUACUGACCUCACACUGUAGCCUGCCUAUCCAAUGUUUCAUUGUAAUACAUGUAUCUGUAUUACGGAUAUUCUGUAUACAAUCAUUGGGGAAAAAAAUAUGGUAUAUUUCAUAUUUUUAAACUACUUUAAGUGUAUUCUAUUUGUUAUCGCAUAUUUUACUUUUUUUAUUAAAAAAAUCUAAUCCAGUUUCAGGGUUUGAUGUCAAUCCCGAUAGUGCUUAAUGACAAUAGGUGUCAAACAGAAAAAUGUUUUGUCGACUCAACAAUUAUCUCCAACUUUCCGAAAGUAUAACGACCUUCCUUCUGAAAUUAUUUGGAGGGAAUUUUUUCUUACAUUGUGCCCUAAUUUUCCUGUAAUAAUCCUUUCAAUUGUUGUAGAAUUAGUGCAAUUGGUUUUAUUUUUCGAAGUUUUUCUGCCGUUCUUAGUCGUUUUGGGCUGACUUGAUCCCAUAAUGCAUGUACGCAUUCUAAGGAAAAAAUAAUUUGCUCUGAUUAUGUUUUGCUCUGAUUAUAUCUUGUAUUUAUAUAAUUGACGUACGCCUUUUUAUUUUUUUCUCGCAUUAUUGCGAGAUCUUGUAAACUCAACUGUAAAAUGCAUCUCAUAAAGUUACUAUUUAUAUUGCCAAUGUUUUUAAUACAGAGAAUACAUAGUUUGAAGGCGAAUGAAAAUUAUCGUGAGGAAAAUGAUAAUUUGACACUUAUUUUUCUAUAGACCGUUUAUAGAACGCACUGAUUUCUUUGUCUAUAUUUUUCAUACGCUUGUCAUUGGUUUGGUAUACAAUUUGUGAACGGUAUAGUAACAUCAAUGUGUUUAAUGUAUAUACAAAUAUAUACAUGUAGGCCUAUAUAUAUAUAUAUAUAUUUAUAUAUAUAUAUAUAUAUAUAUAAAUGUGUGUGUAUCAAUUAUCUUGUAACUACGUUGUAUUUUGUUUAUGUGCUGCCAGUGGAGGCCAAUUUUCUAUGUUUUGAUUACGGAUCAAUAAAAUAAUCUAUCUAUCUAUCUAUCUAUAUGUGUGUGUGUAUUGGUAGAUAGUUUUCAGAUGAAUUUGCCAUUAUGUGAAUAAAGCACACUAAAGCUAAA